AUGUUCCGAACAAAAGAAGACAGGCAGCCAUCUUGGGCCCGAAGCCAAGAAAACUCCGGCGCAGAAUCGGAAGAGAGCGAGCACGAGAGCACCCACGCGUCACCCUUAACUCAAGAAGUCCUUCGAAAAAUGCUGAAGGAAACUUCGGCAGACAUCAAGGCCUAUACCACAGCAGCCCUUGAAAAACAAAUAGCAGGCCUCAAAAGUGACAUCGAGGCGCUGGCCUCACGCACCGGCGACACCGAACGCACGCUUCAAGAAAUACAAACAAAGGCGGCGGACCAUGGCAGGGACAUGGGGAUACUAAAAGACAGAAUCCUAUUUCUGGAGGACGGAAUGGAAGACCUAAAUAAUAGAUCCCGGCGGCAAAACAUACGCAUAAGAGGCCUAGCAGAAUCUGUCAUGCCGGAGGCUAUACUCCCUACCAUUACAGCAAUAUUCCAGUCCCUGCUGCCGGACAACCCAGGGCAAACCAUCUAUAUCGAAAGGGCCCACAGGGCACUGAGACCCCCCUUCCCCAACACAAAUACACCAAGGGACGUUAUCGUUAAAUUGCUACACUUCCCGGUAAAAGAGCAGCUCAUGAAGGCAGCCAGAGAUCGUCCUCCAGUCUACCAGGGGCAACAGCUUCAAUUCUACCAGGACUUGGCCCCCUCAACACUAAGAAAACGGCGGGAGCUGAAGCCCCUAACUACAGCUCUACUUGAGGCCGGCUGGCGCUACACCUGGGGGCACCCCUUCCGCAUAACGGUUAAAAAAGGGGACCAAACUUACUCCCUUCACCAAGUCUCAGAUAUGCGAGACUUCGCAACUCACCUGGGGAUACAACUGCGGUGCCCGACGGCGGACCCUCAACUCACCAUCAACGAAAGCUCAGGCCGCCGAAAUGAUUCCCGCGCAAACAUGGCGCGCACGCAGCCGAAGAAGAAAGCCUCGACGGCCUCGCAAGAGCACCCACACGGACACCUGAACGGUAGCGCUCGAUGCGCACAGGACACUACCUUACACCAAGUCCGAAUUGUGGCAUUUACGCCAAAACCGGGCUCACGGACGUUACAAUCACGGCACAGCCGGUAG